AUGGAUGAAAAUCUCAACCUUGAAUUUCUGAGAUCCUCCAGCGAAAAUUACACCUAUAAGAUUACCUCCAGAGGCCCCGUGUGCUACUCGGCCCUCUACCGUGACGACAAGUACGUCUACCGUCACAUAAUCCUCAGCGACAACGUCAGACAGUAUGCAGAAAGCAAAGUGCGGAAAACAAAUGCCUUCUUAACCGAGCACUGUAUCGUAAAUGAGUUACAAAUUGACAUAGGAAAGGGGUGGAAGCAUUUUAUGAUUUACGAUGGUAAAAUUCGAGAGCUGAUUUUGCGAAAGGUCUUGACCGCCGAGGACAAGUUGAGGAUGGCCGUCCAAGCACAGAAGUAUAAUUAG